AUGGAGAAUAAUCAUCAUCAUUUAAACAAUAAUAACAGUAAUAGUAAUAAUAAUAGUACAGAUAUUAUAACAAAUAAUAAUAAUAAUAAUAUAGAUAUGACAAACGCACAACUAAUAGGAGCAAUUGAAAUGAUUGAACCACUUAAAAUACCAGAAGAGAUGCUUCAACCAUUCAACAAAUCAGUGUUAGAGGAAGACGAUGAUGACGAAGAAGAGGAGGACUUGUCAUUAUCAUCAGACGACGACGACAAUGAUGAGAACAGUGAAGAUGAAGAGGAUAUAAGUGUUGCUGCUACCAUCGCUGCUGAUGAUAUCAUGAACUUUGGACAACAAGAUGUAUCAUCAUCAUCAACAGACGAUGAUAUGGACGAUGAAGAAGAGUUAUCAUCAGACGAUGAUUUAGAAGAGGAAGAGGAGGAAUACACAACAACAAACAAGAAACAACCAAAACAAGCAAAAAAGAAAGUAGUCAAGAUAACCAAGACACCAAAGGUAGAAAAGAAAAAGAAACCACCCAAUGCAUUUAUCCUCUUUUCACAACACCGAAGAAAAGAGUUGAAAUUAAAGCAUCCAGAGCUCACCAAUAUCAUAAUAUCAUCAAUGUUGGGUCAAGAAUGGAACAAAUUACAUCCAUCUGAAAAGAAAGGUUUUACAGAACGUUCAUUAAAGUUAAAAGAAGAUCAAAAUAAUAAUAACAAAUAA